UCUCAUAUGCGUGCGCACAUUUCGAUUGCUGAUAAGCUUACUGGAAACGACGAAUGGUACUUGAAGAUAACAACCAGGUUGAAGAUUGCGUUCAAGCCAUUCAAGCAGUAUGAGUUUGCAGCUCGUGAAGUAGCGCCGAUUCCUCAUUGUUCUAGAAGCCCAUAAUAUUCAACAAGCGUAAAAACAAAAAUGCCUAUCAACACGCGCGAGCUCAUGGAAGCCGUCGGCACCCUCACGGACAAGGAAGGCAUGAAAGUUACUCUGAAAAGCAGUGCCAAAGGAGCUGCGGUUUGUGGCACUGCCUGUUUCAUCGGAGGAGUGCUGGCUGGUCCGGUGGGGUUGGCCGUGGGUGGUACGAUCGGUGCCAUCAGCGCCGGCUACAUGAGCCGAGGAAAGUUCCAUCCGGUGAGCCACAUCAUCAUGCACGAAAUGUCCGAGCGGGAACGGGAGAAGCUCAAGGAUCACAUUGUGGCCUCGCUGGCCGAAUUCCAUCCCACUGACAUAGCCAUAUUGUUGCCACUACUGAUGGGGAAUCUGGCGGCACAGCGGGCUGUGCUCAACACAGUGGCUUCGUUCAUUACCAACGAAAUGCGGAUGCAGAUCAUCGAUUGACGACGGCGGUGCUUCUCUCUUUGCUUUUUAGCGUUGUUUCUUUUCCAAAUGUGAUAGGCA